AUGCAUAAAAAAUGUUUAAUAGUGUUGGUUGUUUUGCUGCAACUUAACAAUAUCCUGUCGGUGAAGCUGGAUGUGGUUGACUGUGGAAUAGACCACGCCUUAGAUGUGUAUGAAGGCGAUGUGGAAUUAAAGUACUAUCCCUGGGUCGGAAUACUGUUCUACAGCUAUUAUGGUGAAGAGGGAGACAGUAGAGCAGUCACUUCAGUCAUUCUAAUACAGAGCGAGUUUGUCAUCGCUGCGGCCGCCGACAUAGGACCCAUGCCUAAACGAAACUUUAGGAGAAGUGCCCGCGUAUUGCUAGGCGAGAGCUGGAGUCGCCCGGGUCGGCGUGUGCGCAACUAUGUGCUACAUCCCGAGUACGGGGAGACUUACAACACGGUGGCGUUAGUGCAACUUAGCACCCCAAUCAGAAAUGUUAACAUCCGGCCAGUGUGCCCGCCUCCGAAUUUAUUGAGGAAUCCAACGUUUUAUGUUAUAAAAAUGAAAGAAGACAUAAAUGUGCUUAGUAAAGAAGUGAUCCGUGUCAUGCAUAUUCCUGGAGAUAUGUGCAAGGAGUUCUAUGUUGCAGCCAAUCUGUACAGUAAGAAGAUGCGUCCGCCUCACGUAGCGUGCGCAGUGUCGGCUGAAACGAGCGAGGUGUGCGUUUGGGGUGCCGGUGGAGCGCUUGUAUCACGGGACGUGUGGGGGCGCUGGAUGCUAUUAGGGUUGGGUGUGAGAGGCCCAGGUUGUGGAGCUCCUUCUCGCUACCUCGACAUGAUGAGCUACUACCCCUGGAUCGAGAAAAGUCUCGACGAUUUCAACAGGGUCAGUCUCUCAAAAAUAUCAAAGAAGAAAUAUGUACUGCGUACAAGCAGUAUAUACCAAAGAUUCGGAGCCUGUGAUGAAGAAGAGAAAAUCAAUUUGGUGUUCAGAGAAACUAUUGUUUUGAGGACUGACAACAAUAAAUACCAGUAUUUGACUUAUAAUGUAACGUUGACUGAUAACGUGGAAUACUCAUGCAUGACUAUGGAACUUGUCAAUGCUUCUGCCGUCUCCGAAAUGAGAAUCAAACACUUUUGCAACCGGAAGAACUUUGAACAACCAUGUUAUUUUUAUAGAGGUUCAGUACUGGAACUAUCAAUAUACAUAAUGUUCUCAGACAAAUGCUUAUUCGAGAUGUACCUGUGGGGCUUCAAAAAGAAUAUGACGUUACUCGACAUCCAGGAAUGGAAAUGGGAGGAGGGCACGUACUAUGAAGACUUUACUAUGCAACGCGUUGAGUAUCGAGGUCCAUCUUAUAUGACAGAUUUUGGAUUCGAGCCUCUAGAUAUUGGUAUGUGGGUACCCGAGUACGAUAUAUGGACGACCACGUUACUAGACAAUAGUACUACACCUACACCGCCACCCGUUAAAGGUAAGGAAAUAUUAAACAAAAAUCUCAUUUUCUAUGGAAUUCUAGGCAAACUGGCUUACCCUUACCUGAUGAUAGUAGUGGUCAGGGUCACUGCUAAGGAGUCACAGGCUCUUUAA